AUUAUGCAAAAAUCUGUAGAAGUAAAAACAGUGAUCUCAAGGACAGAAGAUAGGAAAGCAAAUCUAUCAAAUACACUGAUUUGGCUUUCGGUGGUUUCCUGUCUCCUGUCUAUGCAAUAUGGUUACAACAUCUGGGUAUCCUACUCUCCUACUGUGCUCUUGCAUGACUUUUAUAACAUAACCUCAUUUGACGAUAUGGCAGACCCAGAUGCUCAGUUGUUCUUGAUGGCAGUCACCAUUGCUUUAUUCCCAUUUGGAGGCAUAUUUGGGGCAGUUCUGGCUGCCUGUUUGAUGGAUAAUAUUGGCAGGAAAAACACCUUGUUGUUUGCUAAUGUGCUUUCACUUGCCUCUGCUUUCCUCAUGUCUUUGUCCAAUGUGGUAUAUGCUUAUGAAUUCACCAUGUUUGCACGCAUGUUUACUGGGAUAUGCACAGGUAUAGUUUCCAGUGCAGUUCCAGUGUACCUUGGUGAGAUCUCCCCCAGAAACCUGAGGGGUAGCAUUGUCAUGAUGCCCCACUUCUUUCUAACCCUUGGGGUUCUGUUGGCUCAGAUCUUUGCUCUCCAAGAAGUUCUAGGAACACCAAAAGGAUGGCCUGUACUUAUGGGCCUUUCUGGAAUCAUGCCAUUGUCCCAAAGUGUGAUGUUGCCUUUCUUCCCUGAAAGUCCAAGAUAUCUAAUGAUUCAGAAGAGGAAUGAAGGAAAGGCAAAAAAAGUUUUGAAGAUGUUGAGAGAGAGAGAUAAUGUCAAUGAUGAGAUUGAGGAGCUUCGUGAAGAGGACAUUGCUGAGAAGGCUGAAAAGCAGAUGAAUGCAAUCAAACUGCUAGGGACCCGAAGCUUGCGGUGGCAUGUCCUUACUAUAGUGGUCCUGAUGGGUGGUCUGCAGCUAUGUGGGACCAAUGCGGCAUACUUUUAUACGGAGAGAACCUAUGGGAGUACAAAUGUGGGAAUUAGCAAUGUGCACUAUAUUAGUAUCGCCUCAACAGCUUUACUCAGCUGCUCAACUUUGUUAGGGAUAUUCCUGGUGGAUACUUUGGGACGAAGGGUACUGCUUCUCAUUGGCUUUUUAGCCUGUUCCAUCCUCUUAAUUCUGAUAACCAUGUCCCUCGAAAUUCAGCAAAUCAUCCCAGAGAUGUCAUAUGUCAGUGCCAUUUUGAUUGACUUAUUCCUCCUUGGACAGUCCUUUGGGCCAAUUCCAGUUCCACCUGUAAUUGUAGUAGAGUUGUUUUGUCAGUCAUCACGAGCCUCCGCUUUUAUGAUUGCAGGAUUUGUGCAAUGGCUUAUCAGCUUUAUUACAGGAGUGACAUUCCUUCAUGUACAGAAACAACUUGGUGACUUCAGCUUCCUGCUGUUCUUUCCUGUCUCUAUAGCUACCUUUGUUUAUAUUUUCAAAAUCCUCCCUGAAACCAAAAAGAGGACCUUUGUGGAUAUCAAGAGAAUCAUGGCAAUCCAGACACUCAGGAAGAUUCAGGUCACAGGACCUGUACAUAAAUAG